UCUCUCUCUCUCUCUGUCUCUCUUAACUAUCACCGUCGAUCAUAAAUAACAUAAUACCUAAUAAUCUCUCUCUCUCUCAAUGGAAACCCCAUCGUCAACGACAAGAAGAGUGACAAGAUCACAGACUAUGGCCGCCGCCGCCGCCGCCACCAGUGGCACCACCAAUCUACUCCUCUCAAGGAAAACAGAAGAGCCGGAGAAGGCAGGAGCGAAAUUGAAGCAGCAGCAGGACCGAUAUGCCCUAAUUGACAUAACCAAUGAUUCGCCUAUUGUUGGGCUAGCGAUGGGAAGCCUCCGGACCCCUUCAUCGGCCAUAUCCAAGAAGAAGACGGCCCGCACCCCUGGCUCUGGCGAGGCCCUGCUGAGAGGCCAGGUGAAGACCCUCUUGCAGAAGGUGGAAGAGGAGGCCGAGCUUUUCCACAGCAGGCAUCUCUUCAGCUCUCCUAUCAAUCUGGCUGCCCCCACGCCUGCAAAUACCCCCCAACUACCCAACCUCGACGAGAUUGUUGUUGUCCCACAGAUGGCGGUGAUGAGUGAGGAGAAGAAAGAAGAGGAGAGGGUGAUUGAGGCUGAGGAUGUUGUGAUCACAAGGUCGCUGCUGUUGGAUUUUUCCGAAAAGUCGCCAGAAUCAACAGAGGGGGACUAUGAUGCAGCUUCAGUUUGGUCUAUUGAGGCGAAUGCAAGCAGCAACAGAGACAAGGAUGAAUUUGAAGAUGAGUGCUAUGAGUGUGUUGAAUGUGAAGAAGAAGAAGAUGAUGGUUAUGGUGAGAAAAAUGAUGAUGAGCUUGAUGAGCUGUGUGAGGAGUUGAGCAAGGUUAGGAUGGAUGAGUAUGAUGGUGGGCUCAGAUUCAGUGGGAAGCAUAUUCGGUUCGUGUAUGAUGAUGGUGAUGAGAUCAAAAGGGAGGAGCAAGUGUUUGGUUGUGAUGAAUUUUCUGGUGUCCUCAGGUUGAAAGGCUUGCCAACUCCCAAAGGGAAGCAUAUCUGGUUUCCUGAUGAAUCCGAAGGCAAAUGAAUCGAAAAAAGAAUAUAAACCACUUUGAUUCUGAAAUGAAUGUCAUCUUUUCAUGACUGUGUAUGGGUUUUUUUCUCUUUGCUGUGGUGGGGUUUUCUUCUUGCAUCAUGUGGUUGGCUGUGUAUGCAACCAACCAGCAUCUUUUGGUUUUUGUGAUUUGUGAUUAUUUUAAUGUGAUUUUGUUAAUUCUUGAUGAUCCUGUUGCUAGGAUUUGACUUUGUCUUGGUUUAUGAUUAAUAUGACAAUUUCUAAAUUGAGCAUGAUUAUUCUAAAUUUCUAAUGCUACUACACAUUCUUAUGUGAGCAUUUGUCUAAA